AUGUCGUUCUUCAACUUAUCUUGCCUUGGUUAUCAUGAUCCAAUUCGAGAACGAGUCUUACGACCAAAUCGAGAACAUACGUUUUCGCUGGUUCACAAUAUCCCACAAGGUAGCCAUGUAUCAUUUCGACCAGCCACGUCUAGACUUCCACCGAUCGACAUGUCUAAAUACAACAGAGUUGUCGAGCCAUCGCCACCAACUGCCAAACCACACAGAGGAUCGUACGUUAGAUAUACCACUCAGCUACAUAAACACACAAGAAACGCCACUGCACCAAAUGAGGUAUACCGUGUUCCCUUGACAACCACGCAGACUAUUGGUUGGUGGGAUCAGAAUGAUAAAUUGACAAACCGAGAACCGUGGUCACAUGUACCAAGACACAUAAACGUUAACAGCGAGAUGACAAGGUCAGUAUAG